AUGACCGCCCAAACGCCCACCACCAAAACCCGCACCCCAAUCACCCCCACCACCGUCCCAACCUCCCAGCACCCCAUCACCACACCCCUCUACACAGUGCCCAACCCCAAAACCACCCACCAAAGCCACUGUUUCCCCAAAUCCCGCGACCGCCUCGCCAAAGACCGCCAGGCCGCCAUCCAGGCACUAGAGAUGCGGGCAUACCUCGCUCGUCGGGGACAGGCUCAGACACAAGACGUCGUCACUGGGAAAUGUGAGUGUAGAGAUCCGUAUAAAGCAAAGCGGGAGAGAGAGAAGAAGGAGGCGAGGAAGAGGAGGGUAGAGAGGGAGGGGAGGAGGAAGAGGUUUGAGGCGUUGAAGGGGAAGGGGAAGGGGAAGGGGGAAAAGGGGGAUUGGAGGGUUGAGGAGGUGGGGAGGAUGUUUGAGGGGUUGGUUGUUUGA